AUGGCAGAGCUGAGGGCUGAGUCGCAACAUGGCGGCAUGUGGUCCAACUACGGAAAUCCGGUGCAGAUGACCGGCCGGUUUAACCCCCAGGACCCGUCAGUGUCGGUUGCGCCGCCAGCGUCAUCACAUCUUGUGCGUCCCAGGAGCCAUACGAUGGACUAUCCGCAGUACCAGCCGGGCCGGCCGGGACAGGAGGAGGGCGAGCCGUACGAUCGAUACCCGCACCCGUCGUUGAACAUCCCCAGCAUCAAUACGCUGAAGCGGCCCUACUCGCAGGUGGAUCAGGCUCCCUAUACCGAGAUGGUGCAGGACCUGCGGGAGGACUACAAGCCGCCGAACCAUGACCAGAAGCUCCUGUCUUUCAAGAAGGUUGGAGACAAGCAUACCAUCGUGGAUGCCAAGGGCAGGAUCCACGAGAUCGAGAUCGAAGCGCAGCUGCACGGCAUGUUCUUUCUCUCCGAGUUCCCAUCGACGACGGGCGACGGCAACGUGCUCAAUGCCGAGCUGACGUGCUACCGGCGCAACCUGUUCCAGAUCAGCGGCAGCAUCUGCUUCCCGCAGAUCCCCCUCUCGGUGCUGCUGGAGUCGGGCGAGACGAGCCAGAUCAAGAACAUGGAGGUCAGCAUCUCGGCCAUCGAAUCCGUGGACGGCCACCCGGUGCGCCUCAUUGUGAUUCCGUGGAAGACGCCGCCGCCAAACUCGCCCGAGACGAGCCAGGCGCCCGAUCAAGAGCCUCCCACGUUGCCCCUGAUCCCCCCAUCCGAGGAUGAGGAAGAGAGCGGGGGCGACCACUACGCCAUCUAUCCGAUCGGGUGGAGGAGGUUGCAGUUCAGGAUAGCGACGGCGAAUAACGGACGGAGAAAGGAGCUCCAGCAACACUUUGUCCUUCACCUCAAGCUCCACGGCACUCUGGCGAACGGGCAGAAACUGGUCCUCUCGGAGCUGACGACGGCACCCAUCGUGGUGCGGGGGAGGAGCCCGAGGAACUUCCAGGCGAGAAAGGAGAUCCCGCUCUUGGGAUCGAGCGCGGGCUCGCGGGGGCAGACGCUGGUUGAGACGGGCCACGGUAUUGUAGCGCAGGCCGUCAUCCUGAACAAGCCCCCAUACGAUUCGCGGCCGCGCCUGUCGAGUCUCGAUGUACCCCGGUCGGCCUUCACGUUUACCGCACCGAAGCAAAUGCCCCAGAGCCCGAUGCAAAUGCGAUCCAACUCCUACCCAACGGCCUGGAAUCCUCCGCCACAAGUCUCGAUGCCGCACACGCCCGGGUCAGCCAGCUACACGACGUCCACCAUGCCUCCGGACCCCUACCCCAAGAUGCCCCUAUCGGGGGCUCCCGCUUUCACGGCCGAGCCGCAAGAGAUGCCGAUGCAACCAAGCUCGAUGGGCCCGUCGGUCCAACUGCCGCUCUCGGCAUCCCACGACCCGCACCAGCACCAGCACCAGCCUCAACACCACCCACACCCUCACGCCCACGCCCACGCCCACGCCCACGCCCAGCAACAACAGCCGACCCAGCCGCCGAUCCGCACGCAAUUUGCAACCUACACGUCGGCUCCUCCGAACCACCUCUCCCUCUCGUCUACGACCGGCGGCGGCAGCACGACCUCGCCGGACAACUCGCUCGCGGUGCCGCGGCACAUCGGCGACGCCAACCCGCGGCCGUCGAAAUCGCCGCGCCACGCGAGCCACCAGUCGGUCACGUCGUCCAUCUCCAACGAGACGGCGUCGGGCGAGUACCGCUACGGCCCGCCGCCACCCCAGCCGCAGGCCGCCCCGGCGAGCGGCUACCCGGCCCCGCCGCCGGAGACGAGCCCGCAGAGCCACCACCCCGCUCUCCCGCCGCCCCCGCAGGGCACUGCGGGCGGUUACGGCGCGCCCGCGGCGGAUAACGGGGCGGGAGGAGCCAACCCGGCAGCAGCGGCAGCAGCGGCGGCGGCCGCCGCCAGGGAUUACAUCCCGGCUUCGCAAGGCUGGGCGGCGGCGGCGACGGCCCCGGGCGCCGCGGGUAGCGGGGAUCCGGCCAACCCCGGCGGGGACCGGCCGUACGGGUAUCCCGCGACGGCCGGAGGCAGUGCCGGGGGUCCUCCUCACGCGGUGAAGACGGACGGACACCCUCAUGCCGGCGCUGCGGCGGCGGCGGCGGCGGUGGGGCAGGCGGGCGCGGCGCAGGCCGGAUACGGGUACACUUGGAACGCGGCAUAG